AUGUCUCUCCCAGACGAACCCCUCACCUGGCAACGACCAGGCUUCCUAAUCUCAACCGACAAAACCAUCCUCUCACUCCAAACCAUAAACCACGCCUUCAGUCUAGACAUCGUCUACUGGACAAAUCCAGUCCCAGAAGACAUCCUAGCAACAAUUGUCGAGAAUUCAUUCUGUUUCGGCCUAUACGAGAUCUCCAACCCUUCCACCACGACCACCAGCCCCGAAGACCGUAAACAAAUCGGAUUCGCCCGUCUAGUCGGUGACAAGGUCACAUUCGCAUAUUUCACCGAUCUUUAUGUAUUACCGCAAUAUCAGGGCCUCGGGCUCGGUGGGUGGGUGAUUGAUUGUAUUGGUGAAGUCGUUGAUCAGAUGCCGUACCUGCGGUGGGCGAUGUUGAGGACGUCCUUGGAGCAGAGUCGGGUUGCUUAUGAGAAGAGGCUUGGUAUGCGGGUUCUUCUUUCUGGGGAUAUUCAGGAUGGACCUGUUAUGAUGGGGAAGAGGGGGGUUACUGGGGGUCCUUAG